UACUACAGUAACAGCAAUAUACGACCAAAGAUGGCGCUCCACGUUUGUGUUAUGUGAGGAAAAUGUUGUUAGAGAAAAUACAAAUUCACGUAUCUAGGCGUAUGUUUUGCGAUAGUUUAUUGUGAAAGCAAGAUAUUACAUUUAUAUUUUCGCUAUUUACGUGUGAUAAUUGUAUUUAGCAAGCCGCAAUGGCGAUGCAAGGUGGGACUGCACUUCAGGAGAAGGUCAGUCGGAUGUUGAGCAGAAAGCAGAAAAAGCCCGUUCUGAAACCCAACAAGCCGCUUGCUCUGAAAGAUGAGGUCGCCAACAGGAAAAUGAAGAAAGGGGAGGCCACAUGCGUCACUGAGAUGUCCAUGAUGAUGGCGUGCUGGAAGCAGAACAACUUCGUUGAUGCCCUCUGCUCCAAUGAAAUGCAGUCCUUCUACAAGUGUGUUGAGAAAGCCCAGAUUGCAAUGAAAGCCAAAUCAGAGCAACACACCAUCGGCCAGAGUGGACGCCUUCAACCCAAACAAGCUACUACCCUGCUGAAAAGACACCCCAACUUACACAUAGAAAUCUAGGACUACUCCCAGCCCUACUACUACUGCGAUGUAUUAAUUGACUAAAGUUGUGGGACAGAGAAUCGUGGGCAGGGUGGUUAUCAUGCUUGGCCUUCGUGGCCAACUGAGGUCUCUGCUGGUUCUUACAGUAAAGAGGAAGUCUCUUAGAUCCAGACGCAAUCACUCACAGAAACAUCACCAACGUUCCACCGAUGCCAGACGUGAUUAAUUAACAAAGUGAAUUAAGUGGAUUUACUGUGCUGCAGAUGCACUUCUUGUGAUUGCCAUGUUAAAUUGAGUAAGCUGUUAUAGGUCAUCAUAUAAAACAGUACCAUUAAAAUUGUUUCAGUCAUAAAAGAAGGUUCAUACGAAUAUGUAACUUUACUCACUGUCUAAUAUUUUAAAGGGCAUUUUCAUUAGGCAUUCAGUUAUUUCUAUAUUAUUGCAUGGCUUUUUAAGAUGCCCUACUAAUUUACGUUUGUCAAAUAACAAUCAAGGACAUUUGUUUUCAUAACGACAUGAUAUUGUGUGUGCCCUGGAUGAAAUAUAGUGUGAUUGACUGUUA